AAAGCUGUGUGAAACAGCUCCUAUUGCUAUUAUUUUCGUGUAAUUAUUGGAUAAUGCCACGUCAUAUAUGGAUUACGGUGAAUUUAACCUCACCGGAAUAUUCCCUAUCGACGAUAUGUUUCCUAACAUACUCUUCUUUUCCCGAAAAGUAUAAAUACUUAUUUUUCUUCAUCCAAUUCGUGCCCUAGAAAAAAAACCCCCUUUCUCUGGUUUACCCAUAGCCGCAAUAUGCUCAUCCUCACCAGAAACCCCAACUUUCCUUCACUUUAUUGGACUCCAAUCAAGGCCUCAGCUCAUUUUCAGGUUGCAAUUUGUUCGUGGAUAUGAUAAAAGCUUGAUUUCUCGCCAAAAAGGUUAGGUUUCGAAGAGAUGUUAUGAAUCGGAGUCUUUUUGUAGUUUUUAGCUUAGGUUAUUAGUUAUGGAUGCGGUCAAAUUGCCUUUACCUGUGGAUGUGGCUUCGGCUUCAAAGUUGAUGGGAUCGGAAGGGUUUGCGAGAACCGGAGUCACGGUUCAGGAGCUAGAAGGUUGCGAUUCCGAUGGCGUUUCAGUUAUCGCUAGCCGUUCAAUUGAGUACCGUUCUAGUAUUGAUAUUAGUGAAAAAUUAAAAGAUUUUUUAUAUCCUGAACUACGUAAGCAGGAUAAUCAGCUACUCAGCAAUCAGGGUGAAUUAUUGUCAGAAGUCUUACAGGAUAGGUCUAAGAAUGGUCUUUUGUUGACUCCCAAGGCCGAAGGUGUACAGUCAGAACGGAAAGCAGGAAAAGUGUCUAGAAGUAGUAGUAAUCUAUGUUCCAAAAGACCACGUGUGAUCAAAUUGCAAGAUCCUCCCCCGACAGGAGUUGAAGGGGUAAAGGAUAUGUCUCAUAAACUUACCUCAUGUUCACUAAAAGGCACUUAUUCAGAUAAAACUCAUUUGGUGAAACAAAAGAGCAACCUUAACAGCAAGCGAGGUGACAAGAGAAGUCUUAGAGUUCCUGUAAAGACCAAGUAUGAUUCCUUUUCAAUGAAGGCAGGUUCGACCAGCUUUGGUUCGGCUUCCGGAGGGAAUAGCUUAUUUGGAGUUUAUGGACUGAAGUCAGAUAAUCAUGACGUCACAAAGUUUGUAGAUGAUCUUCCAUUGAACGAUCUACUUCAUGGCAAUUACCAACCUCCUAGCCUAGGCAAGGAUAAAGGGAAGAAAGCAACAACUGUGAAUGAAAGUUUUCUGAAUUCCCUUAGAAAAUCUUGCUCCCUCCUUCACCUCCCAAGACUUGUUUCCCAAAGUAUUGUUGAGAUAGACAGUUGUUCAAACAGAAAAAUGUCUGCGUGGUUAUUGAAUUCUGUUUCCGUUGAAGCUAGUGGUGUCAAUGGUGAGAUAGGAGAUUCAUCCUUGAUGGAUGUGUCGUCUAGUAAUAAGGACACUUGUAUCAAGUCUGAGGCUCCUGAUAAUCCACCUGAGUCACUGUUGCAUCAACCUAAGGAAAUUUUGCAACGGUUGGCACUUCCUCCACCAAAGGAUUUGGAGUCUUUGCUCUUGGAUGCAGCAAAACCUACUUUAUCUUCAAAAAAUACUGCUGAUCUACGUCCAGGCAAGCAAAUGUCUCGUCGAGUAAGCUUGCCACCUUUUCAAUGGUCACAUACUUCAAGUGGACACUGCAGAACUAGUUCUGAUGCAGUUAAGUUGUCCACAAUUAAGGGUACAUGCCAAGGUAGAUGGUUAAAAAUAGGGAAAGAGGUUAAGAGUUCUAUUGAUACUGUGACUAGCAAUUUUACAGACUUGGAGUCUCUUAAGUAUGAUCAGAGUUUGGUCCCUUCAGGGCUAAAAGUGGCUUGUGUAGACAAUGUAACUUCUCUUCACGAACCCACUACUAGUCUUACUGGUCGUGGAUGUGAUUCAGAAGCGACAUGUUUGGAAGAAUCCAGAGGCAAGGUGAACAAUCCAGGAAAUGCUGGGCACUGUCCGAGACUAUAUGCUGCAGCUAGAACGCUGUAUGACAUUGCAACUAACCCCCCAAGGCAAAGCCUGGAUAGGACGAUAAGAUGGCCGAAGAAGUCGUCUCAGAAGACCAUGAAAGCUCGAAAGUUGAAAUAUAACGGGAAAACUGAAGAAUCUCAGUCACCAUUAGCUUCUGUAUUUCGGCCUGAGAAUAUGGCAAGAAUUGAAGAAACAGUACCCUUUCCUUCAAAGAAACCCAAACUCUCAAACAUCAACCACAAACAGGAUCCAAGUCAUGUUAGGAAAGAAACUUUGAAAUGGUCAACUCCGAGAUCAAGUAGAUCGUCCCCUAACAGAACAGGCAAAGACAUAAUUGCAGCUUACCCAAGACAUACAAAUACAAAUAUUUUAAAGCAAUCAUGUAUGAUGCCGCCGCCUGCACCAGUGGUAAGAGUUUCGGAUAUUGCUACUAACAAUCAGCAGAAAUUAAGAAAGUUGCCAUUAGAAUGGAACAGAGGAAAGGACAGGGACAGGGACAGGUUGGAGUGAUCAUCAAUAUCGAUUUUUUCUUCUUUUUUUUUUUUUCACAUAGAAAAAUCUCUCAUUCCUUCUGACAAUUGUUGUUGAUUUAUUAUUAAUACCUCCCCUUUAGUAGGGUGUACAUAUGUGUGUGUAAUGUUGUUGUAGUUGUAGUAGUAGUAGUAGUAGUAAGCAUUUUAACUGGAAUGGGAUUAGUUGUAUGGGGCAAAGGUAUUUGCAGUUUAUAAAGGAUAUGAUGAAAAGGUGGGGUUGGUUAAUUCUCAUGUUGUAUGUAAUAUACCAUUUUAGGCAGAUGUAAAAACACAGCAGCAGGGAAUUAUUUAUCUCAUCUCUUUCCUCUUUAGUUAAA